AGCAGCUGUUGUGUGUGUGUUCAUUGUGCUUUUAUUUCAGUGCCUCACCCAGUGUCCUCUCUCACAGCAAUACUGUGUCGUCCCAGCGUAUGGACAUGAAGAGCAUGAAGGAGUACGUGUGUUGGUUGUACUAUCAGUAUCUGCUCAUCUCGGGCAUCUAUGUGCUGGAGCCCUGGGAACAGUCCAUCUUCAACACCGUGCUGUUUACCAUGCUGACCAUGGUCUUUUAUACCUCUUACGUGUUUGUGCCCAUUCACAUGCGGCUGGCGCUGGAGUUCUUCCUGGGGCUGGUUGGAGGUCAACCGGAGAGUGCUGUGGCCCUCAUGAACUGAACCUGAAGGAAGAUCUGAUCUAGGUCACGACUGAUCAUUGAAAACUCAUUCGUUUUCUACUGAGGAACGAUGGAGCCAGAUGAAAUGAGAGCAUGACGUCUCGAACCAUAUUCAGACGCCUACAGCCUCCUGGUUUGCCUGGAUUCCUUGGAAUGGGAAUGUUGUAUUGGAAGGAUUGCUGUGUGAUUGCCAGUCCUCAUGUUUUGCAUGCUAUCAGACACAUUUGCACGAGUGCAGCUAAUUUCUCGCUUCACUUCCUCAUCAUUACUGCUCCAUUUAAAGAAAUUCUGUUUUAACUCCAUAUUUGACUGUGUGCAUGAACAAAAACAUCAAAACAAAACAUCUGUUAUUGCACACUUAUUUUUAUAUUCUGGCACUUUUGUACUUUUGUAAUUCCCUAUGCAAUGUGACUGCUUAAAUGAAGAUAUAUACAGUUUGUGAGUCUCUGAUGCACUUGAUCACACAUGGAUUGUUAAUCUCUUGUCAUGCACACUAAAUAUUACAAUAACAGAUCAAAUCUGCAGCGGCAAAACUCCACAGAAAGCCUAGCAGAUUUUCACACAUUUGCAAUGACCAUCAUUCACAAAUUCUCCACAUGCCCCACCCUUUGCAUGUUUGUUUAUAAAAUAUUUAGACUAAUUUGAUUACGUUGAACACAUUUUACCAUGCUGUAAUUCAUUCACCUAAAAUCAGUGCAGAAAUUCGUGGACAGAUUUAAUCUGGACCUGCAGACACUGUCUGAUGUUAAUAUUUUUUAAUCAAUACUAUUCAUUUUAUUUUGAGUUGAUUAUUUAUGGAAUAUAUCUAUAUGUUUUAUGUUAUAUUUUAUUACAAUAGAUGACGUAAACGUGACGUCAUACUGCAGGUAACCGUGUUUCCUGUUUUUUUGAGCAGCAGCUUUCAGUGAAGGAUAUGAGCAAUGCUGUGGUUUGAAUAAUCUGUUAAGAACUAUACAAUCAUAGGUUAUUUAUGUUAAUAAAAGUUAUUAUAAAGGGGUAACUAUGGUUUAUAGUGUAGCAAUAUAUGCAGGUUCUUUUUGUACAAUUGAUGAACCAGAUUUAACUUGAAAACUAAAAUUAUUGGUCUGCAUUCAGUAAAUCAUACUAUUUGAUGACAAUAUCAGACUCAAUAUUCAAACUUAUUAACAGCUUUUUUCGAUUGAAAAAGUUACUUUCAGCAUUGAAAAUAAAUGCAAAGACAAAGAAUCCGGAAGUGCCAGAGCCAGGCAUUUGUAAACAGUAACUUCAUCUAUAGUGCACCCUGGUCAUCUUUUGUAGUGAUCGACCGAUAUAUUGGUCGGCCGAUAUUAGCCUUUCACCGAUAUAUCGGUAUCGGCGUAUAUUUUACCGAUAUGCGCUGAUAUGAAAACUUUUUUUCAGAACAUAUAAUGCAGAAAACAAUGCUUUAGAAUUGGUGUCAUAGUGUAGUUUGUCCAGCAGAGCGCGCUCCGACUCCAUUGUUUACAGAGCUGACUCUGAGCUGAUGGUGGUUCUGCAGACAGGAUGGAGUUGAACGGUGUGGAUUUGAGCGAUCUCUUCUCGUUAAAUUGCUAACUAGUUUGUGAAAUACAUACUAGAAAGUUAAUAAAAAAUUACCCCAUCAUUUUAUAUAACUAAUAUAACAUUAACCCUGUCCCUGACAAUCAUGUCACUCAUGUUUAUCUUUGCUAUUGUUUGCUAUGUUAGCCAGCUAUAGUUUGUCAGUGCAGUCAGUAAUGUAGCAGAUUGAAAGGUAAACAUCAGAGCAUCUUUUUGCAGCUCAGCAGACAACGGUGCGGUGGUGGAUUGUGUCUGUUGAGUUUUGAUUUCACACUAUGUUAUUACAUAGUUGGUGAGACACAAUGCUGGAAAGUAAAUAAAGUCCAUCUUUUACUCUCCGUGGCAACGAGUUUAUAGCUAACUAGCUAAUCAUGUAGCUACUUUCAUUGUUAUCAGCUGAGUGGAAGCUAAUGAGUAAACAUGUAUUCACCAAACUGUUUUGUUUAGGAUUCACAGAUUUGUACCCCCUUCAACCGAACAAUUCCAGUUGUUGCAUUUAUAAAAUGUAAUAUUUAGAAGUCUGGUUUUCCAGACAUUAAAAUAUGAUACGUAAUAAAAGUAGAUUUAAUAAAUAGUAUAUUUGCCCUGUGUAAAUAAUAAUAUAUAGGAAUUGUAUCUAAAAUAAAUGAGGGGUGAUAAAUAAAUACAAAUACAACAGGCUGGAAAAAUAGACAUUUAUUCAUUUUAAUAUCCUAUAUAUAUAUAUAUAUAUUGAAUGUGUUGAAACUUGACACCAGGCAACGCACCCUAAAAACAGCACCGUUAGAACAGUUUAAUGCUGAAGAGCCGCUUUAAAGUAAUUUUUUUUAAAUGUAAAUGAGUGUAAAUGUCAACAUCAUCAUAUAUGUCGAAAGGAUUGAAGCCUGUCAUGCAAAACAUGAGCUCACUGAUGUCAUUAAAUAUCAGUCUGCUUUAUUACUCUAUCCAUUACUCCUGGUCGGUGGCUUCUGUAAAUAUUUAGUUUAUAUGUAGGGUUACGUUCUACCUAAGUUUAAUGGUGCAAUGCUCAAAUAUUUAGUAGUGCGUAAAUUGUGACUUAGUGCCCAUUUAUGCCACAACUAGGCUAAGUUGUAACGUACGUAUAGCUGGUGCAACCGCCCCUAAUGUUUAUUUAGCUAUUUAUUUCAUUUUAAUUUAUUAUUUAUUUCAAUGGUCAGCAUUUGACUGAUACUAAACAGUACUGAUGUUUAUUUAGCUAUUUAUUUUAUUUUUAUUUAUUCUUUAUUUAAAUGGUCAGCAAUUGACUUAUACUACACAUACAGUACUGAUGUUAAUUAAGCUAUUUAUUUAUUCUUUAUUUUAAAGGUGGGAAAUUGACUUAUACUAAACAUACAGUACUGAUUUUUAUUUAGCUAUUUAUUGUAUUUUUAUUUAUUCUUUAUUUAAAUGGUCAGCAUUUGACUGAUACUAAACAUACAGUACUGAUUUGUAUUUUAUUUUAUUUAUUUUAUUCUUUAUUUAAGUGGUCAGCAAUUGACUUAUACUAACAGUAUUGAUGUUUAUUAAGCUAUUUAUUGUACUGUUAUUUAUUCUUUAUUUUCACAGUGUUCAUUUCUAGAAUUUGUUGACAAUGUAUAAUAAUAAUUUCAAAUGUUCUUUGAUAAAAAUAUUUAUUUAAGAAAGCAGCCUUCUGAGUACCUUUGCAUAGUCAUAUCAGUGCAAAAUCGGUGCACAAUCCACAUAGAAAAGUUCUGUUUACAUUCCAGUUCAAAAACUAAAUAUAUUGGCCAUCAUAUCGGUAAUCGGUGCAUUUUCCCCUUCUAAAAUCGGUCUCAAAAAUCCCAUAUCAGUCGGGCUCUAAUCUUUUGCUAAUUAUACCUGAUGUAACCAAAUUGCAUUUCUUGUGUUAUGAUUUCUUGAUACCAUAUGCAUUUCAUAUAGUUUUAAAUGACUUUUUGGUUGGUUUUUAUUACAUUUGUUUGUGUAUGUGUCACUGUGUUGUCAUCACAUUUUUAAAAGCUUAUGUCUGCAAUAAUGAUGGAGUGACAGAGCGACACUUUUUAAAUAUGUAUUUUGUAUUUUUCAGAACUCAUUUCACAAAAUAUCUCUUCUGUUGUUUGUCCUUGUAACAGCAUAUUGUGCUUGCAGGAAAUGUUACACUGGUGUUGGUUUUGAACAGUGAUUCUAGACAGGAUAUGUGUAUAAACAUUUGAAAGUAUAAAGCAGGGAAGCUGCAAAACUGGUUUUCCAUGUCUACAGUUAUGAGUGUCCUGAGGGCUUGUCUUACACAGCUUUAACAAUCCGGUUUCCCCUCGUGAAUUUCUGAACACUUCAGAAAAUUGGACAUAAAGGAGUAAAAUUCUAUUUCACAGGAAAUGCUUUCAUUUGAAAAGAGAUCCAGCUGGUGUGAAUCAGCACAUAUUAAUAAGUACUAAAAGAGAGGGAAAAAAAACAAUUUUAAUCUUAUAUUGACACUCUGUUCAUCUGAAGUGCAAUCAUUGUACUUUUUGUAACACUUUUAAAGGACGCUCUAAAGUGCUGUAUCUCAAAAUUACUGAGGAGCUAAAGUGCCUUCAAUUAUUUAUCAUAUGUAUUGUAAAUGUACAUCUAUGUUAGCAGAGGUUUAGUGCACAGAUCAUGUUAAUGGUCAUUAUCAGGAUAAGUAGAACAUAA